CUUAUUCAUCGCCUCGCUAUCCUCAGAGACCCCAAUCUGCCUCUUUCUUGACAAUCACCGCCCAUCACCACCCUUGCUUCUUACACCGCUACCAACCGCUACCACUAUUUUUUUUUCUCCUGCCGCGCCAUCCCACUACCCCUCAGACGUCAUGGCCUCGACUCUUUCGAAUAGCAGUAGCAGUAGUAGUAGUAAUACCUACGUCGACUUCCUCGAACAGGCCAAGCGCAACUUCUGCCUGAGCAACGCACAUCUCUCGCACGAGGAGCUGAACCGCGCCUGGUUCCAGGCCGCCUGCCAAACCUCACAACCUUCCAUGGCCCACGAGGUACCACGCUCAAUGGCCUUCAACGCGUCAGACAUGACUCAGCUCCCAACUACCGGCUUCGAGUCCAUGGACCGUACCCGCUCGGCUCCUGUCAUGAACCGCUCAGACUCGGCCAUGGCCAGCGGUCUCCAGCGCUCAAACACUACGUACUCUGACUGGCAGUCAAUGCCCCAAGAGCAAAAUACCGACUACACGCUCUACUCUGACUCUUCAAUGCGAAGACAGCCGACUCUCCAGUCGGUGUCAGAGACUGCUUACAAUAGCAUCGCUGAGUACAGCGUUGGCGACUACGUCAACAGCUGCAUCCAGCCAGACAACUCAUCCCUCCCCACCCCCCAGCAUUCACAACAGUUGCAACUGACACCAAACCUGCAGUGGAGUUCGUCUUCGGAUGUCUCUUCACCCAGCACGCCGUCAACAGCUCUGAUGACUCCUGUUACUCAAUCUAGUAACAUGAGUCGUCAGGGUAGUUACAACCCUUUGUUUUUUGAUAACAUUUCCAUGUCGCGCAACCAGUCAAAUUCUUCAUGUAUGCCCAUCCUCCCAGAGGAUGGGUCUUUUCCUUUUUCCUUUAACGUCGCAUCAAAGCCCAUCAGCGAGUCCGCUGAUGGUUCUCAUUUUCUCAACUUCACUGGCUCCUCCAGUGAAGCUUUCCUUUCUUCAUCUAUUCCUGCAAGUGCUACACUUGCCUCUUCCGACAACGAUCAGUCGUGCCUGGCGGAGGAUAUGCGGAGGUCGACUUCAGCUUCAUCAAGCGAGGGUUAUUCGAGCGAGAUCUCUGCAUCUUCAUUGAAUAGCUCUCGUCAAUCGCAACGCGAACGCGAGAUCGUUGCGCAAGCUGCGUCUCGCAAGAUUGCUCCGAAGGCGAUCGACAACAAUGAUAAGACCGAGUCUGCGUCAUCCAAUGCUCAGAUGACAAGGAUAAGGUCUGAGGAUGGUUCCUCUAAGACUGUCGGUGUUCUGUCAAAGACACCGUACGUGCGCCCUCAACAUCCAAAGAUCAAGUGUAAUUUCUGCAACGAGCGACCCGAUGGGUUCCGUGGCACUCAUGAGCUUGACCGUCACAUUGCUCGUGCCCAUGCCUCGCGCAGGAAGGGCUACAUCUGCGUCGACUCUUCAGCCGACAAGAAGUUCCUUGCCAACUGUAAGCACUGCCGUAACAAGAAGGUGUACGGCGCGUACUACAACGCUGCCGCUCACCUUCGACGUGCGCACUUCCAUCCCCGCAAGAGGGGCAGGAAGGGCAAGAACGACGAGAAGCGUGGUGGCAUUGGUGGCGGAGACCACCCUCCUAUGGAGUAUCUCAAGCAAAACUGGAUCAAAGAGGUGGAAGUCGACAACAAGCCCACCCCGCAAUCGCCAGAGAGCCAAUCCGACAAUGAUGCGGCCGAGCAGAUCGACAACUCCUUCGACGCUCCCUCUUAUGAGAUUGACAACACUGCUGUCCCCGCCGCGGCUGCCGCCUACCCCGCGUCACAGCAACCUCUGCCUAUGCAGGUCCCCAUGCCCAUGCCAGUACAGAUGAUCAACCAAGUCCCUGUAGACUCAACCCAGUUUAACAUGGACUAUGGUAUGAGUAUGCAUGCGAGUGAGCCUAUGGUCUUCGACAACACUGCCUUCUUCGACCCCAAUCUCCCUGUCUCGACCGACAUGAGUAACUUCCAGUUCGACGCGUACAUGGGUCCUCCCAUGUAGGCACUUCUUCUUCUGCCUCCUUCUCAUCCUCUUUCUCCUUGGCUCCUUGAGCCGCUGAUGUAUAUAACGUUGGGCUUGGGCUUUGCUUUUUGUCUUUGGAGUUUGAUGCCUGAGACCACCAGCUCGUCUUCCUAUGGAGCGGCUGUGGUAGGUCCGCAUCGUGGCGUUUUCGUACAUUUUUCUCACGCUCGCGUCGUAUAUGAUCGAGGUCGCUUGCAGCGUUGCUUUAUUUAGCUGAUAGAGAAAGAGGGAGCACUCCGCGAAGCCGUGCUGCUAGGGAGAUAGACGUUUGCAUCAUGCAUCGAUGUCGUUAUCAUACCAUUAAUGCCUGUGUGUGGCUUCUGCUACCGGGCUUCGAAGAAAGUAAAAUAUAGAAUAACUAAAAUCUACACGC